GCUCUUCCCCCCACUUCGCAGUAAGAAGAUAGAGCGAAACACGCGUAGUUACGGAUCGGUAUACGUGCAGCUGCGCGGCUAAGUGCAACCUUCGGCGCUGAUUCCAGGGUUUGGGCGGCAGCUACGGAAGCCUAGCAAGCGGGCUUGUUCAUUAUCGGAGAGAGUGGUCUCGGCGGGAGUCAGCCAUCUAGCCAGGAGCUUUAGAAUAAAGGCCAGUAGCCGGGGGCACAUUUAUCUGAUUUCUUAUAAGUUGACGCCUCCCUAAGAUCAAGAGUCACCUGUAAAGGCCGAGAAGAGAAUAAACCGCAAGUCCUUGCUCUUGAACGACCGAUAUGGCUCAUAUAUCAGAAAUUCCAGUUUUUGUCGCCUUCCUGCAUAUGGCCGUCUGGACGUCAGCUUUGGAAAAAGGUCAAGUUCUGGACAUGACUUACCCAUUUGGUGAAUCAACCUUGUACUGGCCUGGCAAUGGAAUGUUUGAAUUGGAUAUUCAGGCACGGGGCCCUUCUGGUGUUCUGCCCUGGUACGAGGGUAAUGCAUUCAGUGGUCCAGAACACGGCGGAACUCACGUUGACGCUCCCUCCCACUUCUCUGAAGGCAAGCUGCGUGUGGAUGAAAUACCAGUUACCAAGUUUAGCGGUCCGGCCGUUCGAGUGGACAUUACUGUUAAAGCCAAAGAGAACGAAGACUACGCGAUGUCGGUUAAGGAUCUGCAGGACUGGGAAGCCGUCCACGGCAGGAUUCCGGACGGCUCUCUGCUCUUCGUCUACACCGGUUGGGGAGCUUUUUACCCGGAUCGGCUGGCCUACUUUGGGUCACCGCGCAACGAUACUUUCCUGGAUGAUCAAGGGCAAUCAUUGCUCCACUUCCCAGGCGUGGGGCCAGAGGCAGCUACGUGGUUGGUCGCAAAUCGAACCAUAUCAGGUCUUGGGAUCGACACGCCAUCCAUCGAUCACGGACAAAGCACUAGUUUUAUGACGCACCAGAUUUUAUUUGGCGCAAACAUCUACGGCAUCGAGAACGUGGCUAACCUCGAUCAGCUUCCAAACACGGGAGCGAAGGUGUACGUACUUCCCAUGAAAAUUGAAGAAGGGAGUGGAGCACCUGUUCGCAUCAUCGCCAUGUUGGAUGAAGAGGGUACCUCUGCCGCAACCACUACGCCUCCAUCUGAUGCCGUGUAUUUACACGGCCUGUUUUUGCUGUGCUUGCUGCUUUGUUAGAAAUAGGGAGAGGGUAAUGUUUAGGAACUAACACAGAAUGUUUUUCGUAGUAUUUCUACUUUUCUAUUUCUAGCAUAAAGGUUUUGAAGAACAUGGGUACUUUUGUAUUUCUGGUGGGUAGAAUGAGCGUCGUUUGGUGCCUGCGCGCUUUAAUCGGCAUUUGUCUGCUCCGUCAGGUCGGAAUUCUUCUAAGGUCGGCAUGUUCAAACAGCAUAACAAUUAAAGUAUUGUGACUUAUGAUGUUUCCUCCUGAUAAAACUUCCUGUAAGUACCCGCCUCGAGUUGAAGCACCCAAUCGUCGUUUGAAAAGAACCAUUUUGGUCGAAAGAGUUCAUUUUGUUGGUGGCGAUGCGACCGUAACGCGUGCAUUUCAUAGUCGUUCGUGCAGCGAAGUUCGAUUCCGACCAAACUGAGCCGCCAUUGCUGAAAAAAUGCAGCCUCUCUUGAUUCAGCGCAAUUCUCAUACCAACUGUUCUUUCGAUGCGCAGCACGCUGAGUACCGAGAACUUGAAAGUUAUACCUUUAGCCCAUUAUGUUGCAAGUAAUUUAAUGAAACCGACAGUUCUACUCAAGACGGGGACACAAUUAGGUCCGAAAAUGGGGCAUAUUUUAAGAUCAAACAGCCUGAUAUAAUAGAGACGAAAGAGAGACACAGUCAAUUAACUAAUCAGUGUUUGAAAUCAUCAUUCCAUCAUUCGAUGCCUUCCUAAAAUUAUUAUUUACUCCAAUUUACUCCACGUUUUACCCAAGUUCAAUGUUUUCGUUCAGACUCUUGUAUAUACAAAAUGCUGCAUGUACGCAAAGACCAUGCAAUAAAAUAAACAUUGAUCUCCAUUAUCGCGCAUUGUUUGUGCGGAGGAGGGUAA